AUGAGAACCCUUAGCGUCUUGAUUCUCCUCGCAGCCCUUGUGGCCUUUUGUGCCGCCCAGCAGACCGCCAGUGGCAAGAACAGAAAGGAGAAUGCCUUCUCCAAGAUCGUGCCCCGCCUGCUGUGGAACAUUAAGCGCGGCGAGCAGGAGAGCCACCGCAACUCGCAGCAGCCCAUCAUCAUAGUGCAGCAGCCCAGCUCGAAUCAGGACUCGGAUAGACACCACCACCACAACCCCAACUAUCCCUACUACCCCUACUACCCGCCACCACCACCACCGCAGAGCCGUCCUCCGCCGCCAUUUCCCGGCAUGGACUGGAACACCGUGGGCGGAGGACCCACCUACCUGAUCAUCAAUCCCAACAACAUGCAGGGCAUCUACCUGCCAUCGUCCAGUUCCAACAGCUCCAACUCCACCAGCUCGCGGCGCAGCGCCUUCGUGCCCACCAUUUCCGAUCUGCUGCACGGCCUCAACCUGGACGACCUGGCCGAUGGCAGUCUGUUCGAGGACGAUUCCGAGGUGGUCAACGCUGCAGAGGAUGGCAAUGCGGAGGUGCCCCUGCCCGACGGACCGAUCACCCAGGCUGACGACGAUCGCGACGAGGACGUGAUCAGCGAGGAUGAGAUUGAUGCCUUGGAUCGCCAGAACAACAGGGGAUUGAGUCCCAAGCACCUGGUCUCCAUACUGAUGCAGGACAAGCGACGUCGCCGCAUCCAGGAGGUGCUGGCUGGCAUCUAUCUGAGGAACUACAAUCUCAACCGAAAGUAA